AAGACAGACGUCAGUGGGGUUGUGUCGCCGUUCGGACUUCGUAAGCAAGUGGGAGCUUGAUCAUAUUUGCGUCCCUGGGAGCGGGCUAAGAGCGGCGCCUCCGCCGUUACCCCCAUCCCGACAAUGGUACGGCCCCAAUGGAAGGCGCCUUAUCCAGGAAUUCUCGCGAGAGUUCGGCGAGUCGGUCGUCAUGGGAACGGCGGUUGAGUCCCGCGCUGCCCCCCUCCCGCGGGAAGGGCGGGGCGACCGCGGGGGCGCCGGGCUCUGUGUGGGGAGCCGUGCGGUGCGGUGCGGUGCGGUGCGGUGCGGUGCGUGGGAGUCGGGGCUGCCGGAGCUGCAGCUCUGCCAGGCAGCUGUCCUGUCAGGGCAGCGCCUGGGGCCGAGGCUCCUCCUGUCGGUCGGUCGGUCGGUCGGUCGGUCUGUCUGUUGAAACCUCUUGUGAGGUUAUUUUAUGUUUGUAUGUUUGGUUUUUUGUUCCGGAAUCCUUUGGGUCUCAGCUAUUGCUUAUCUUUGGCUUCCUCACCCGCCCCGGGAACGUGGAGGAAGCCGUUACAAAGUCCCCGGAGCCGGGGGACGCCCGCCCUCGGCGGAGGCCCGGGGACGCUAGGACCCGCGGAAGCGUUGAGAGAAACUCGGCUUCGUACAUGUUAAAGCCAAGAGGACACUAAACUAUCUUUAAUUAAAAGAAUAGACAUUCAAUAUUCUUGAAGAAGGGCUGAGGAACUGACAAAAGGGAAAACUCCCGCCUCGGCUGGGUGAGAAAGCGUGAAGUCGGUGCUUCAAUCGAGGACGUGCGGGGCAAUUAGAACACCUGAUCGGAUAUUGUACGCGUGUGGCCGACCUGGUCACAAUGGAUAGAAGCUUGGUUAAAAUGUCAAGGCCUGCAUCUAGCUCAAGAGCUUAUCCUAAUUUUAGAUCUUUAAGUACAUCUAUGGAGUUAUUAACACCAGAGCCAUGUUUGCCAAAGGUUGAGUCACCUGUCAGUUUUGCUGGUAGUCAUCAAAGAGGCAGUCUAGCAGACUGCUGUCCAGAAGAAAACAAAGGUGAUGACAGCGAGAAAUCUGAUGUCAACAAAGUAAGAACAGAUCAGCAAACCACAGUGGAGAGGACAACCUUCUUUCUUCAGAAGUGUAUACUGAAUCCCUAUAAGUUGUCAGGAUGUAUCUUGAAUUCAGAUUCUGGAGAUGAUAGCACUGAAACACAGACUUCGAAAUUCUGUGAACCCUCCCAAAGAAAACUAAGUAAUGCAAAAGCAGCAAACUCUUCCAACAUGGAAGAUUCUGAAGAAACAGAUGUAGAUCCUCAGAUUCAAGCAGCUAUAAAGAAAAUGAAUAAACUUGAUGCAAUACUGGCAAAAAAACAUUUUAAGGAGAGAGAAAUUAAAAAACAAGGCAAAAAAAUGAGGGCAAAGCUCUGGGAAGAGCUUCAGUCUAUCAGUACCACUGCAAGCCACGAGGAGAUAGAAAACACAAAAGUUUUUUUAGCUUUAAUCUCAUCAUGGCAGGAUACAGCUGAUCCAUCCCAUGCUAAAGAGGAAAUAUGUGCUUCGGUAUUUCACACACAAAUUAAUCCAGAAGAUUAUGAUUGCCAUAAAACCCAGCAUAAUCAGGAUUAUCCAACAAAUGAAUUUCUUAAUCAAGCAGAAAAAAUGCAUAGCAAAACUAAAAACAAUCAGGAUUUCAUUAAAAAGAACAUUGAGCUAGCAAAGGAUUCAGGAAACCAGAUUGUUUUGCUUGAGGGAGAAAGGAAAAGGUUAGCUGAACUAUUGAAAGAUGCAGAAGAUGGAACUGAAUUACAAGGUCUUGAGGAGGAUGUAUUUGGCUGGCUAGCACCAGGAGAAGGGUACACACCUGAACCGAUGGAAUUUCAUCACCUAAAUGAGAUAGAUAUUAAGCUUCAAGUACUACUAUCUGAUGGGGAUUUUUCUGCUGUUUCCAGCUCUUGCUCAAAACCUCCAAGCCAGAUUUAUCAGGAGUCUCUGGUUUAUGCAAACAGAAGCCUAGAAGCGCUUCCAGGUGAAAAAGUUCUGCGAGACAAUAAGGAACAACGUGAUCAACAAAACCGUCUGAAAGAAAUAGAUCACCAACUGAAAUCCCUAGAGAGAAAUCUUACUGAAGAACAAAUGGGCCUCUCUGAAGAGCAGCUUAAGACCCUUCUGGAAGAAUGUAUGCAGCCUCAGAGAACAAUAAGCAACGUUACCAUGCCAAAGUCUCAGGAAUCUCUUUCUUGUGGAUUAAGUCCCCCUUGUUACACAAGUCAAGACUCCACUCUUCACUCCACAACUACUCUUUCCAAAAUGUUAGUUGAAGACCAUAUUGUAGGCAUGUUAACAGCUCAGGAAAAGGCUGGACUUGAAGACAAAAGCUUAUGUGUUAACACAGAAAGUGAAAUCCCUGGCUACUAUAUCAGCCAAGCAUUGGCUGAUAGUCACUUAUCAAAGGAUUCACUGGCCCAAACAGAGGAAUCUGAUGACCUAGAAAGUUUACAGAAGAUGGGAGAUAAGAGUAUUACUGAAGGUUACUUUAUGUCAAGAGCACUCAACACAAAAAGGUUGAAGAAACCUUCUUUCUUGGGUGAACCGUUAUAUUGCAUCAGCCUGAACAAUGAGCCAUCCACAGAGGCUGACAUUCUCAGCAUACCACUGCAAACCAAAGGAGGUGAGACUCUUAACGACCCUUUAGAAUAGGCUUUUGAUUAUGACGAAAAAAACCCAAGCAGGUUCUCACCAAAGGUAUGCACCAGUACACACUGAUUAUUAUGGUGGGGCAAGGAUGUACUCUUAUAAAACAUAAAACUGCGCCAAAAAUGAUACACAGAAAAUACAGAAUGUUUAUUGAAAUUUUUGCCCUGACAUAAUUGACUAUAAGAUUAGGACUCUUACGAAAUAUAAUAUUGGUGUUGAUUAAUUCUGUCAGCUGGAAAACAGUGUUGACAACACAUCUGGAUUAUCUUUUUGAUAGUAGAAAGUCAUGUUCACUGUUCUGUGGAGAGCAGAUAUUCUCCCAAUAGAUGGUAUAACAAUUCACACAAAAAUCCAAGUGCUUCUUGAAUGUUUUUAAUAAUGUAAAUGCAGUAGUACAGAAGCAAAUGUGACCUGACUAUAUUAAAAUAAUAAUAAAUUGCACUGUAGCUGAUAUGUAGUGAAGCGGGCAGGUAACUGUUCAUACCUGUUGCGGUAGAGAUAGUCACUAUGAGGUAAUUUUAUUGCACAAGGAGAUUUCAGCUAUUAAGUAGAUUUCCAUAUGGGCAUUACGUGGUAAAAGUCUUUAAAGUGAAUGUGUUAACAAUUAUUGCAUAAUAAUUUAAAUAUCUUUGAGUCAUUGUUAUGUGUUGUGUCAGAGCAAUGCAGUAGGGUGUUUCGAUUAUCUUUUUUCAGUAGUGGCUAAGUAAUGUUCAACCAUAGAGACCUCAAAUCUGUAUGGUUAAUAAACAUCUUGGUUUUAUGGUCA